CAAACGCAUAUACAGGGCGGAAUAUCCUCCGUUUCCGCGUCAAAUUCCAUUGAAGAAUGUGCCGCCGUUUAAAUGUUGCCAUUGGCAACACUGCUCCUUCGGCGUUUCUCAGCCGGACCGGAGAUGUCAAAUCUCAGUGCCAUAACAAAACCGGUGGUGGUGGGAUGUGUCGUUUGUAGAUAAGCGUGAUUUUAAUUUUUAUUUCGUUUCCAAAAUGCAAGUUUUCGUUGCAUUUGUGGCUUUUUGUUGCGCCGUUGUCGCGGCCAAUGCCGGCAACGAUGAUGUUCUAGUCUACACGGUGGCUACCGAAGAAACCGAUGGCUUCAGAAGAUACUUGGAGAGUGCGGAGCACUUCAACAUCAAACCAAUAGUGUUGGGCUUCGGUGAAGAAUGGAAGGGCGGCGACGACAUGCGCAACUCCCCCGGAGGCGGCUGGAAAAUAAACCUACUGAAAAAAGCGUUGGAACCUUACGCUGAAGACAACGAAAAAAUCGUCAUCUUCACCGACGGUUACGAUGUGGUCUUCCAACAAAACCUCGAUGCAAUUGUGUCGAAAUUUAAGGAGACUGAAGCCAGAAUACUUUUCGGGGCCGAGAAGUAUUGUUGGCCGGACAAGAAUUUGGCUUCAAGUUACCCGGAAGUUUUGCUAGGGAAUAGGUUCUUGAAUUCCGGCAGUUACAUGGGCUACGCCAAGGAGUUGUUCGAGUUAUUGACGAGGGAAACCAUAGAGGAUACAGGUGACGACCAAUUGUUCUUCACCCAGGCGUAUUUGGAUGCAGAGUUCCGGGACAAGAAUAAAUUCCUACUGGACCACAAGAGCGACAUUUUCCAAAACAUCAACGGCGCAGCCAGUGAACUCAGCGUCGUGAUCGUGGAAAACAAAGACGCCAGCAUGGAAAACUACACGGUGAAGAACACCUUGUACUCAACUGAACCGUCCAUCAUCCACGGCAACGGCCCGUCGAAGGAAACCCUGAACUACCUCAGCAACUACAUCCCGAACUCGUGGAACUCGGCCGAAGGGUGCAUUUCCUGCAAGAGACACGUGCUCAACCUCCAAGACGUGGCUGAUGAAAAGCUGCCCGUUGUUUUAAUAGGCAUUUUCAUUGAAACCAACACUCCGUUUUUGGAGGAGUUCUUCGACAAGGUUUACAACUUGGAGUACCCUAAGAAUAAACUUCACUUGUUCAUUCAUAAUUCUAUGGAUUAUCACGCCAAUUUGGUUGCUGAGUUCGUCGAGAAGCACGGUGCUGAAUACUCAUCUGUUAAACAGAUCAAACCUGAGGAUGGAACCACUGAACACACCGCAAGAGAUUUAUCUUUGGAUCAUUGUUCAAAGAAGGAAUGUGACCAAUACUUCUCGUUAGAUUCCGUUGCUCAUUUGGAUAAUCCGCAUACUUUGAAGAUGCUCAUUGAUCAAAACCGGACAGUUGUGGCUCCGAUGUUGAUUAGACCUGGCAGAGCUUGGAGUAACUUCUGGGGUGCUUUGACUAAGGAUGGUUACUAUGCCCGUUCCAACGACUACAUGGAUAUUGUCCACAAUGAUAAACGGGGACUGUGGAACGUGCCGUUCAUUAACAACGCUUACCUGGUGAACGCCAGCCUGCUGAAGCGGUUCGAUCGUACCAAACUGAACUACGCCCACGACCAACUCGAUGCCGACAUGUCGUUCUGCCUUAAGUUGCGUAAUUUGGACGUCUUCAUGUACGUAUCGAAUCGAGUCGACUUCGGCCAUCUGAUCAACGCCGAAACUUAUGACAUAACCCGUGCCGAGCCGGAUAUGUACCAGAUCUUCGAGAACGAGAAGGACUGGGAACAAAGAUACAUCCACCCGGAAUACCCGGAGAAUUUCAAUCCAGAGAACAAGCCCAAACAACCUUGUCCCGAUGUGUACUGGUUCCCGAUAGUUACGAGGAAGUUUACCAACGCCCUGAUCAACAUGAUGGAGACCUUUGGGGAGUGGUCUAGUGGAAGCAACGAAGACAAGCGUCUGGAGGGUGGAUACGAGGCUGUUCCCACCAGAGACAUCCACAUGAACCAAGUCGGAUGGGAAAGGCACUGGCUGCACUUCUUACAGAAAUACGUCAGGCCGUUGCAGGAACAUGUUUUCAUCGGGUACUUCCACGAUCCGCCCAAGUCUUUGAUGAACUUCGUCGUCAGGUACAGGCCUGAUGAACAACCGUCCUUGAGACCGCAUCAUGACAGCUCCACCUACACCAUUAACAUUGCCUUAAACCAGGUCGGUGUGGAUUAUGAGGGCGGCGGAUGUAGGUUUAUCAGAUACAACUGUAGUGUGGUGGAUACAAAACCCGGUUGGAUUCUGAUGCAUCCUGGCAGGUUGACGCACUACCAUGAAGGAUUGAGGGUUACCAACGGAACCAGAUACAUCAUGAUUUCCUUUGUUGAUCCAUAGAAAGAUUAGUAACUUUUAAUUCUCCUUCUCUAUGCUUUUAUUUCUUGUCAAGGUGCUAAUAUGUGUUCAUUUGACUUAUAUUACAAUAGGUUGAUUUAUUUUGAUCUGAUUAGACGAUAAGUCCGUAGUAUUUACUUUUUAUACUUAAAACUUGUGCAAUUUGUAAAUAACAAAUACAUUUUUAUGUGUAAAUAAAAUUAAAUAAAAAAAUUUUACUAUAA